UAACCAUGUUUUUGAACGUAUAUUGAUUGACUCAUUGCAAAUUAAGGUCUGGAAAGCGCCUCCUCCGCGGUACACCUACUUCUCACUUCUACAGCGCCGCCGUCAUAGCCAGCAACAACGAGCACGGCCACAAAAGGGGCUACACGAUGCCUCGUGACCUCUUCUCCCGCCUCAUACCUCCCAAGGACAGUCAGUCUUUCUACCGUCAACUGCGAGACGAUCGUGACCUCGAUAAUCGAGCUCCCUCAGAUUUGGAUGAGGAGAAUUUAGCCCAUAACUUCCACAAUGACGAUUUCGACCAUGCAGAAAACCUUGCCCUCGAUGAUAGCCGCAUCUCUACUAGGAGUCCAAUCGAGCAGGCAAGAAGUACACGAGAUGCCGCUUCCUCAGGAGAUGGGCAGCAUUCAGAAUCACGAUGGCUUCUGAAUGACGAUGACGGCGACAACGACGUUCCUGCGUCAUUACUGGUUGAGGGUACAAGUAGGGCACCUUUGGGACCCCAAGCUGCUGCAUCGAGUUCUCGCCGAUCACACCGUCCAGGAAAUAGUGGCGGGCAACCGAACCGGAGAAGGAUAGAAGCGCAGUGGGAGACUGCACAAGCACACCAAAGAUUACAUCAAGACGAUGAAUAUGGCCCGAUCCACGGGCGCGGCAACUACACAGGCCUCCCCGGCAGCAGACGGCCCGGAUUUGUCGCCAGCCCUAAGGAUAAGGCCAUGUUUAGAUGGGCUAACGUCUCUAACCUUGAUGUAUUCAUUCGUGAUGUUUAUGACUAUUACCUCGGCGCUGGUUUGUGGUGUAUUAUGCUGGAUAGAAUAUUACAUCUGCUUAAGGUUGCUUUUGUUGCAAGCCUCCUGACGCUCCUAACCCAGUGCAUAGACUAUAGCAAGAUCAGGCAGAGCAAGAGUCUGUCCCAGAUCCUAAUACCUCAAUGUACUAAGCAUAUGUGGGGUCUCUGGAAUCUGAGCCUCUGGCUCUGUAGUUUUUAUUUCGUUUGGAAGCUGAUCCAGUGGAUUCUUGAUAUGCCGCGGCUUAUGCAUAUCCGUGACUUCUACGUUUAUCUUCUCGAGAUCCCCGAAGAAGACAUGCAGACCGUCUCAUGGCAAGAUGUCGUCUCUAAAAUCACUUCUCUUCGGGAUCAAAACUUCAAGACGGCAACUAAUAUCACACCGUCUCAGCGCAAAUUUCUUUCUAAGCAACUCGGCUCUCACGUAGCAAGUCAAUCCAAGGAAAGACUAGACGCACAUGACAUAGCUAAUAGGCUAAUGAGACGGGAGAACUAUAUCAUUGCGCUCUUCAACAAGGACGUCUUAAAUCUAACCAUCCCUUUUCUGAAUAGUAGGCAGCUUUUUUCGAGGUCACUGGAGUGGACCGUACAGUUUGGAGUACUGGAUCUCAUUUUCGAUGAACACCAUCAAGUUCACCAACGUGUACUCAAAGCUGAUCACCGUGGUCAGCUCAGUCAAGAGAUGCGGACUCGAUUCGGUUUCGCGGCUUUCAUGAGUCUUUUAUUCUCACCCUUUGUGGCUUGUGGCUUAUUGGUGGAUUUUAUCUUCACAUACUACAAUGAGUUUAAAACCAAUACCUCCUCUAUCGGAGCUCGGCAAUAUACACCUCUCGCGAGAUGGAAAUUUCGAGAGUUUAAUGAGCUGCCUCAUCUGUUUGAAGAUCGCUUGAACAUGUCAUAUCCAUAUGCCAAGCACUACAUGGACCAAUUCCCUAAGAAGAAAACAGAGUCAGCGGCUCGGACAGUCCAAUUCUUUGCGGGCGCUCUGAUAGCUGUCAUUGCUAUUGUCGGCUUCUCAGACCCCGAGAUGUUUGUAGACUUUGAGAUUUUUCCUGGAAUGAAUGCCUUUGCCUUCGUCGCCAUCCUGACAACUAUAUGGGCAGUCGCUCGAGGCAUGAUCUCGGAGGAAACCGAUGUUUUUGACCCAGAAUAUGCUAUGAAGAGUGUUAUCGACUGGACGCAUUACGAACCAGACCACUGGAGGGGUCGGCUGCACAGUUUCGAUGUCAAGACUGAAUUUGCUGAACUCUAUAAGCCCAGAAUCGUCAUCUUUCUCGAAGAGAUCCUCGGCGUUCUGGUGACCCCUGUGAUACUUUUUCUGUCUUUGCCAAAAUGCAGUGAUCAGAUCGUGGACUUCUUCCGCGAGUUCACAGUCCAUGUUGAUGGCCUUGGUUAUGUGUGUUCGUUCGCCGUCUUCGAUUUCCAGAGGGAUGCACGCGGCACACGCCCCCAGCAGAAUAACGUCCCCGAUGCCCGUGAGGAUUACUAUGCGACAAAACAUGGCAAGAUGCAAGCUUCUAUGCAUGGAUUUUUGGACAACUAUGUCUACAAUCCUCGAAGUGGACUCCCAGGGGCCCACCCACUUGGGCCAGGUGGAAGGCACCAGUUCCACCCACCGCCGGCUUUCCCAGGCCUGACUUCGCCAACAUUAGCUGCAGACAUGCGAGCAUCUCGCAUGGGGCGAAAUGAUGCACCGAGAACACGGGGGCCUCCAGGUUCCCAGCACCCUGGGAGAACACCAAGAAAUAGACCGGCUGUAGCGCCGUCUCCAAUGGCAUCGAUGUUGCUAGAUCCGCAUAACCAACCUUCAUCUUCGGUAGUUGUCGGACGAACACCUCCAAAGCCACGCGCUCAGCGGGGUCCGUAUCAGGGGGAUAGAGGUAUCGCUGAGGAACCAACAGAAGAUAGGGUUAUUAGCGGGGCCACGUUGCACCGGCAGCCGACGGCCUAUACGGAUGACGGUGAGAUCGAGGAAAGCAUUGCCCGUCUAGGCGAAUCAACAUGGGAAGGCUCGCCUAACAAAGGACUGAGUAGGGAGGCUAGCGGCGUGAGCGAAGAGGGCGAUGGACCCGGGGUUGUUACAAUGUUGAAGCAAUUCCAACAGGCUCAUAUGAACCACAGAGGCGUGAUGUGAGCACUAGAAGAGACCGAUUCCCAGCACCCGGGUUUUUGCAUGGCUGGCGGGCGGGGAUUACUAGGCAUGGGUCAUUGGCGUUCAAGGCAGUGUUUCUGGCAUUUUGUGAUACCACUACGCAUUAUUCCACACCAAGCAUUAGACGUUCAGAGGACUA